CCCAAGCAUUUGUGUUGUUUUUGUAUAAAUGUCUUCUCUGAUUAACAUUCUUGCGGUUUACCAGAAUCGCUAGGCAGCAGGCCUGCAUAAAGCCAGCUAAAACUACAACUGACCACUUGUGUUGAUGAAAACGAUUUAAUAUUUUGAUAUGGCUAAUCCUGGUCGAAUAACCGGUGAGAAAGGUGUUAAAGUUAACAAAAACAAAACACAUUUGGAGUCUAAGGGAACUACAGCUAAUACUACUGGAGGUAAGAAGCUGGAUAAUAUGAAACCUCGAUCUGGCAGACAAAUGGGAUAUCGUGGUCUUGGAAAAGCAGGAGCAAAGCGGUUGGGUCAGAUGUUGAGGAAAGCAAUUCAACAGAGAGAAGGGUUCCAAGGAAACGGAGGGAAAGCCUUACCAAGUUAGUAUAACGUUAGCGAUAAGGUUAUGAGGCAGUGAGUUUGCCACCCAACGUCAAUGUGAUCUAUCGCAAGUGUGCGAAUGUCACUUAUGUAAGCAUACCCAUGUGUGAGGUUUGUUGGUAAUACUGAGUAGUACAUUUUGCAAUACUGGGCUGGUGUAAUUGAAAAUUGAUUACAAUUUAUAUUUAAGUGUUGAUGGCUAUAUUUGUUAAUACAAUAGUUUUUCUCCUUUAACAAGAGACCCCAGUUGGUCUGUUGAAACACCAGGCUGCUGCAAUAGCUAAAGCCACCUCCAAUGAGAAGAUUAAGCUGGUCCCUCGGGUUUCUGAGCUCAUCUUACAAGUAAUAGCCCAGUGCAAAACCCAGGGUGGCAUAUCCAUGGUUGAGCUCAAGAAGGCCCUGGCUGCUGGUGGUUAUGAUGUGAGCAAGAACAAUUCCCAAGUGUAUAAGGCAGUGAGGGGACUUGUGCGGACGGAAACACUGGUGCAGACCGCAGGCAAAGGAACCCUUGAGUCCUACAGGUUUAACACGCAGAAAUUAACAGAUAAGAGAAUGCGGACAAGGGCAGCAAGAAAGAAAGAUGCCGGUAAAAGGCUGCAGGAGUGCGCAGUGGUUAAGCUUAGCGCCGCAACAGUGAAGGCUAAACCAACCAGCAGAGCUGUGCCAGGAAAAAAGCCUGCCAAACCAGUGAAGAAGGCUAAACCAAGAGCCAAAGCAUCACCAGCAAGACAAGCUAAACCAACCAGCAGAGCAGUGCCAGGAAAAAAGCCUGCCAAACCAGUGAAGAAGGCUAAACCAAGAGCCAAAGCAUCACCAGCAAAACAAGCUAAGAACAGCCAAAGGAAAAAGGAUGCUAAAGGCAAAACAAAAGGGACCCAAAAGAAGAAGGGAGUGAAGAUGGUCUACAUUUAUGCCAGAUAAAUAAGCAAAAACAGUGAUAUAUAGUGUUGAGUAACAAUGUGAAAUAUGCUUUGGUUUUGUGGUUUAGUUGUAUACAAUAAAUUGUUUGACCAAA